CCAAUAAAACCUUCUCUCUCUAUCUUGCUUUCCCUUCUUUGUUCCUUCUUGAUGGAGCUUCACAAGCGCCAGGACCAGGGCCUCCCAGAACGAAAGGGGCAAAAACGGAAACUGGAGGAAGAAAACCAAGAGGACCGCGAAACCUCUCUCCCUACCGGCGACGCCCGCCGUGCUCUUUUGGCCGAAGUCACCGCUCAGGUUAACGUCCUCGACUCCACCUUCUCUUGGCGCGAACCUGAUCGCGCCGCUGCCAAGCGAGCCACUCACGUGCUUGCCGAGCUCGCAAAGAACGAGGAAGUUGUGAAUGUGAUUGUUGAAGGUGGUGCGGUUCCGGCUCUAGUGAAGCAUCUGCAAGGGCCUCCGUGUAGUGACGGCGACCGAAGCCCGAAGCCUUUCGAGCACGAGGUUGAAAAAGGAAGUGCCUUUGCGCUGGGACUUCUCGCCGUAAAGCCAGAACAUCAGCAACUUAUAGUUGAUUCUGGGGCCUUAUCACAUCUUGUGAAUUUGUUGAGGCGGCACAAGGAUGGUUCUACUUCUCGUGCUGUGAUUAGUGUUAUUAGAAGAGCGGCUGAUGCUGUCACCAACCUUGCUCAUGAGAAUAGCAGCAUUAAAACCCGUGUCAGAAUGGAAGGUGGGAUUCCACCUCUUGUUGAGUUGCUUGAUUUUACUGAUACAAAGGUGCAGAGAGCAGCUGCUGGGGCAUUGCGAACCCUAGCAUUCAAAAAUGAUGAAAACAAGAAUCAGAUUGUUGAAUGCAACGCUCUUCCUUCUCUCAUUCUCAUGCUACGAUCAGAGGAUGCUGCCAUACACUAUGAAGCGGUUGGUGUGAUAGGCAAUUUGGUGCAUUCAUCACCGAACAUAAAAAAAGAAGUUCUUGCUGCUGGGGCUUUGCAGCCGGUCAUUGGCUUGCUUACCUCCUGCUGCUCGGAGAGCCAAAGGGAGGCAGCUUUAUUACUUGGACAAUUUGCUGCAACGGAUUCCGAUUGCAAGGUUCAUAUCGUACAAAGGGGUGCUGUCAGACCGUUGAUUGAUAUGCUUCACUCUCCAGAUGUACAGCUGAAAGAGAUGUCAGCCUUUGCUUUGGGGAGGUUGGCACAGGACACACACAACCAAGCUGGUAUUGCACAUAAUGGUGGUUUGGUGCCUUUGUUGAAGCUUCUAGAUUCAAAGAAUGGGUCUUUGCAACACAAUGCUGCAUUUGCUCUUUAUGGUCUUGCAGAUAAUGAGGAUAACGUAUCUGAUUUUAUUAUGGUGGGUGGGAUCCAACGGCUGCAAGAUGGAGAGUUUAUUGUUCAAGCAACAAAAGACUGUGUAGCCAAGACACUGAAAAGACUAGAGGAGAAGAUUCAUGGGCGAGUUUUGAACCAUUUGCUGUAUCUGAUGCGAGUAGCUGAGAAGCCAGUCCAACGACGUGUGGCUUUGGCUCUCGCUCAUCUUUGUUCCCCAGAGGAUCAGAGAACUAUAUUCAUUGAUAACAAUGGACUUGAGCUGCUUCUUGGGCUUCUUGGUUCUACAAGUCCUAAGCAGCAACUUGAUGGUGCUGUUGCUCUGUACAAGUUGGCCAACAAAGCUAUGAGUCUUUCUCCUAUGGAUGCAGCUCCCCCUUCUCCAACACCACAGGUCUAUUUGGGGGAGCAAUAUGUGAACAAUGCUACAUUAUCUGAUGUUACGUUCCUAGUUGAAGGUAGACGGUUCUAUGCUCACAGAAUCUGCCUGCUUGCUUCUUCAGAUGCAUUUCGUGCUAUGUUUGAUGGUGGUUAUCGGGAAAAAGAUGCAAGGGAUAUUGAAAUUCCAAACAUUAGAUGGGAGGUUUUUGAGUUGAUGAUGAGAUUUAUAUACACUGGAUCAGUAGAUGUUACAUUGGAUAUUGCUCAAGAUCUGCUCAGAGCAGCUGAUCAAUAUCUUUUGGAGGGACUUAAGCGACUCUGCGAGUAUACCAUUGCACAGGAUAUAUCGCUGGAAAAUGUUUCAAGCAUGUAUGAACUCUCAGAAGCCUUCCAUGCUAUAUCAUUGAGGCACACUUGCAUUUUGUUCAUCUUGGAGAAUUUUGAUAGAUUGAGCACAAGACCUGGGCACUUGCAUCUAAUCCAGCGCAUAAUUCCGGAGAUCCGCAAUUACUUUGCGAAAGCACUUACAAGACCUAACCCACAUAACCUUCGGCUAUAGAAGGCUGGUUUUUAACUCCUGAUCUCUAACUAGAUACGUUGUACAGAAAGUAGCAGAUCUUCUUUGAUGUUGUGGAGCCGAUGGAAGGUUCUAAUUGGUUCUUUGUAGCGUGGUUCAUAAUCAUUACUGAUGCCAGAGUUACCGAUGCUUGUAGAAAAAGCUAUAAGGUUUCUUCUUUAAUUCAUUGUCUUUUGGUCUCCACAUUGAUCUUCGUGGACUGUGUUGGUUAUUAGAUUUAAAUGUAUUCCAACUAUUUACAGAGUUGGCAUUCAUUGAAAAUGCUUCUUCUUCUUUGUUUUUUUUUUUUUUUAAAUUUUUUGGCCUAAGAAAAUGCUUGUUCAAAUGAGCAGUUGCAAGUUUCUUGGUGAAUGCUUGAUUUUCCUGUGUAAAAGUUGAAGAAUACUUGAAAAGACCAAUGAAUCUAGUAGUGCUUCCAUACAA